GAUCUGUUUUGGUAGACAGGAUCGAGAAGAUUUUUGUCGUGUGAAGAAAUCAUUGCGUUGUUCAUUGCAGGAAAAUACGCAACUGGGCCAAUUCAAUUCAACGCGAAACUAAAGCCAUCCGUCUGCCUAGGCCUACGAGUUCCGUUUUUUUGGUACGCAAAUGGUUAUGGGUACCAGAAAUGCUGCAUUUAUUGUCAACUUAAAAGUAAAAAAGUCGUCAAACCCAGGUGAAGUACAUGAUGCGAUUAUUGAAGAGCUUAUUCGGGCAAAUGAUGGUAGAAAUGAACAAGAGAAUUAUGCCCGCGUCGGUAGCGAUGAUGGCCGAGGGGAAAGGCCUAAGUACAGUGAGAUAAAGCAGAUACCAUUUCAUGCAGACCUGGUAAAGAGCAUUGCAGUUAGUCCACCAUAUUGUGGUAUUGUACUAAAGAAUGGCAAAGCUUGUAGGUUCAAGAUAAACCAAGAUGAAGGCCUAUCGGGACAACAUACUGAGGAACAAGCAAGUGAAACUAAUCCAGAAACAAGUGCUGUCCCUAAGACCAUUGGAGUUGAUAAUGACAUAUCAAGGGAUAUCAUCUUUACUGAUCAAGAAGAUACAAGACAGAAAAGCGAAGAAAGUCUGUUACUGGAUAUCAGUGUGCCUUCUUUAACAGAAUGUGAUGUACCAAGCAAGCGACAAAGAUUAAGUGAAGAUAUCAGCGGUGUAGAAAAUGCAUUACAAGUUGGAAGCAUCACAGAAAAUCCAGGAUAUGAGCAGAGUUUUGAAGAAAGACGGUUUACAGAGCUUAUUGAAAUGGGCUUAAAUGGAGGAUGUAGGCUUGAAAGUCAAGAUCAAACAGAUAACAGCCUGCAAAGUAGCUUUCUAGAUUUAAGUUUGCCUCUUGUUCCAAGAAAUUUUGCUGAGGACUCUGAUUAUUCUGAUUGUGCACUUAGCCGUGGAGUUAUGCCUGGCAGUACAUUACCAUUCAUUGGCCAGAUUGAAGAGCCAGAAGAGGCACCAAUGGUAAUGGAUGACCCAUGCGGUCUUCCUCUUUCAGAAAACACACCUGUCUUUCCAACCAUUUUCCAAGCAGCAUCAAAUAUUCCUGAAAAUCAAUCAGAUGACAUAGGCUUGCCAUCACAAGAACAGAAUGAGCGUAAAAGACCUUAUGAAUAUCCAGCUGGUUUUAGAACCAUGUCUGACAAGCUUUCAUUCAUGCACAAAGACAUUAAAAAUGAUAAUGUAGCAUCUACUUCUGCUAGUAAAGGGGUAUGCAUUGAGAGCAAGCCUUGCACAAUUUCAAGAAAAAUCCCUGCAAAUUCAGUGGAAUGGAUUCAAUGUGAUUCAAAAGGUGUUCAGUUUGAGUCAAUAUCUGCAUUGCAUUCAGAAUUUAUCCUUGUAUCAAAAAAUGACAAGAAGUUGUGGUCAUGGCCGAUACCAAGGCUUAGAGAGACAAAAGAUGUCACAAAGGCACAGCUCCACCCCAGUUUGGAGUUUUUAUCCUUGGAAAGUGAAGAAAUCAUGUUGAUCGAUUGCAAUAUCAUCAGAGCAUCUAUAAUCACAAAAAAUGGCAAAAUUUGCUCAUUCUUUGACCCAAUUUUGGCUGGGCAUCAUUUGGACUAUACACCAAGUCUUAUUAAAAAACUGACUGUGCCAGCGACAAGUUUCAAAGAGCUUGAUAAUGAAGAGAUAAUUGAUUUGAAAUGUGGUCAUUUCUAUUCUGUUGUUCUUACUCUUUCUGGAAAAGUUUUUUGGUGGGGCCUUGCACCUGAUGAGUUAAGAAAAGUUCAGAAGACUAAAAGACAGUCCCGACGAAACUCGUUUGAUGCAGGGUUGAAUGUUGGAGAUAUAGUUGCUUUGAAGGAAAGAAAAGAAGAGCUGGGAGCACUUGUUAUCAAGAAUCAAUUCAUUGAUGGACCAAUGGUGGGUAAAGUGGUCAGAAUCCAAGAUUUGGACAAGGGAAGUGACAGUUCUGAUAGAAGACAAUACACUGUUGAAUUAGUGGAAUCAAAAACCAGGGAAAGCAAACCCUCGUUUAAAGGAUACAAUUACAAAACAAAAAGAACAUUCAUGUCAGCAGGUGAUGUUGACUCCAAAGAUUCACUGAAAUUUGACUGGUCUUCCGACGAGGUUAUUUUCUUGGAAGAGCGAGCAAGUGCGGUCGGAAGUGUUGUUGCUGUUGAUGGAAAUUUUGUCGUAGUCAAUCCGAAAGGUAGCUUGGAAAACAAUUCCGAGCAGAAGUUGAAAGUCUGUCUUAAAUCUUCGCUAACAAAAGUUACUGAUUCAACUGAAGUGAUCGUAGAGGGCUCAAGUGAAUUUCUAGUUAAUGAAGAUCGAUAUGACCGGGCUAUUCGUGAGAAACCGGUGUGUGUCGUUGAUCCGACCGGAUCUGAGAACCAGUACAAUGGUUUUAAGGCCGUUGCUGUGUCCGCGACAAAGCAUGGCCUGGCAAUAUUGUUGAACAGAUUAUUAGAUUGCAAAGCGUUUUUAGUCCAGGCAGAUGGAUUAAAAGAGGAUAACAGCAAAGUGUUUACAUGCAGCACAAAAAAGAGGCGAGUUGAAAAGGAAUUUCUUAUUAGUGACGGAAACGUAACUUCAGAAUUUGAAGCUGUUUGUGCCAAGCAGUGCAUGCUUGAUUUUGCUGACGUAGAUGAUUUUCGGCAGGAAAAUGGCGUCACAACUCAGUCUUCUAACACACAUCAGUCAUGGAAAGGGCCUAAAUUAUUGACCUUGAACACUUUUGACUGUUCGAUUUUGCUGGAUAGAAACAACUGUUUGUACCCAGUGCAGUUUAAUACUUGUUUGCUUCAAUCUGGGACACUUGAAGCAUUGCCUUUUCGACUUCUGGUCCCUGUCGAGGCUCGUUACGGAAACGGGACUAUUGAUGAAGUAACGAUUUCCAUUGUUGCAAUUCCGCGAACGUUGACGUUAGCCCCCGUCAUAAUACACGAUGAUAAGGAGAGUUUCGAUGAAAUUAUGCAGACUAUAGAAGAAGCACUAGAGCAGCGACGGGUGCAAGCGACUCAACCUGGUGAAGAACCUAUGCAUGUUGCUGAUUCGACACGCAAUAAAGAUUUGAAUGGGUUGGAGUGCUUAUUUGAAAAAUGCAGCGGAAAUCAGAAUAUAUUGCACCUCUGUGCUGGAAACAUUAACUGCUCCCACAAUGGCAGCACAACAUUCACUGCUGAUACCAAAGUGAAAGCUGAUGAAGUUUAUAUGUUAAACAAAAUUUUAGAUUGUGUCGGGAUCCGAAAUAUUGUUAUUUCAUUGUUGAAAGAUAAAGACAGUCUGGGUUGCACUCCUUUCUUAACGGCGAUUUGGACGAAGAACUUUAAAGCAGCUCUGACAAUCCUUCGAUUUGUUCUCAAGUGGAGUGAAACAGUGCCUGCUUUAUUUGAAGAAGCCAUCUCUUGCAAAUCUUUGUUUGGAAUGACACCUUUACAUCACUUGGUAUUCAAUACAUCCAAGCUGCAGCCGAAAUACCUAUUGAAGAAUGCUCUGGUUGUGUCCAAUAUACCUUCUAACUACAGCCCACGAAUGUUAUUGCAGCUUUUCAAAGAGAGGUAUUCCUCUGCGUAUAGGGCAUGUAUACCUGUGCCACACGAAAAAUGGGCAAUUAAAACCGCUAAAGAGAAACGCACACUCAGCAAAACACUUUCUGUGGCAACUGAUCAGCCAUCAUCUCAGAAGAAAGCUGCAACCUUUAUUCCACGGUAUGAGAGAGCAAUGAGAGCAAUGCCAACACCACCACAGCCAAGGCAGCGAUAUGGUAUUUUGAACAGAGCUGAUGCCUUGCGGGCUACUGCCAAGGAGGGUUUAGUUAUGUUCAGCGAUUUGGAAGAAAUGAAUCAAGCCUUAGCUGAAAUGGAUCGUCACCCACUUCUUUGCAAGGACGACCGCGCACCAACAGGCCUAACUAGUGUGGCACGGUAUAUUUUGCAGGUCCACCGAGCCGAUGACCCAAAUUCAGAGAACCGCUCUAGGGAUGAUCUUCUUGGAAGAUCGCGACCAACACGACACACCAUCCCACCGUCUCUGCGUGCCAGCACCUUAAGGCUUCCAAGAGGCCAUCUGUUCAGCAGCGCAGCAUUAUCACGUGACUUAGCCCACGUCAGGCACAUUCUGCCUCAAGCAAUCACGGGGGCCAGGUUGAUUCUUCCACGAGAAGUUAUCGUGAGCCAGGCUGGGUGCCCUGUACAAGUUACCCAUGAUCCUGUACCGGAUAAAGCUGACAAUUUCAAUGAAAAAGCAGAAGAGGAUACGGAGAUGGAAAGCCUCGUUGAUGUUCUCAAAGAGCUCCUAGAUGCUCAUCCAGAGGCCUCUUUUUUUGUGAAUGACCAGCAAGAAACUGCGCUUGCAUUUUAUUUGAAAAACUCGAAACGCCUUUCGCCUGAUGGUUUGUACGAUUUGUUUUCAAAAAUGAGGCCAUGUAAUCCGAAGAUCUGUGUCAUUAACAAAUUGAAACAUAUUGAAAUUAAAAAAGAUUUACCGGGAUGGCCGAAUGGUAAAAAGUCUUCGGUAUCAGAUUGGCACCUAACAUCCACAGAUGAUCCUAAGCUGGUUAGGCAGUCAAAUACCUCUUUGGAUUGCCAGGACGAAAUCUGGCCAAAAUUUGUUAGCUGCAGCGAAGGAGCAGUAAAACGUAAUGAAGAUUCAGAGGGCAAUGUAAAAGAGUCGUCCCCGGAGGCUUCAGCUGUUUCCAAGGAACAGACUCAUUCAAAGGUAAUUAGUAGUACAAGCCUAGGGAAAGUGCUUCCUCGAGGACUAUCGAUUUUAGACGAAGGGGUACCUCAUAGUCUUCCAAGCGUUUGGUUAAAGCCAACUUCUAUGACGCAUCACAAUAGUUAUGAUGGCUUGAGUCUUGAUGACUUCGAGCGCCUCGCGCUACUGGCUGCAGAUCGUGCGCGGGACAGAACGAGUGCCAUUGGAUAUGAAAGCAUGGCGUCACCGAAUACUGCUACGAGUUCUGUUACUAAGCAAAACAUCGUUGUAGAUAAAUGUACUUGCCUUGACCAGAUUUCGAGCAUGAGCGAGCAACAAGCAAAGACUUUUAUUUGGAUAAUCUCUGUACUUACCAGCAUGGACGGCUCUGUACUGGGAACAAUAUAUGGAUCUCCUUGUGAAGGAGCAGUUAGUAAGAGCUCAGGGGGUGUGGACAUUGAGGGCUUUGAUCAAGUCAUAUCCCAUUUAAUGUCGAAUCCGGUACCAUGUGUCGUUAGAACGUUUGUUGUUACGCUGUUAGACAUGUUUUCUACCCAGAAUAUUAACGCAGGUUUUGCUGCCAAAUUCGCUCAAAGCACACAGAAAAUAAACUCAGUCCGUGUAUUGAAACGAGAAAAUUCUCUUAGAAGAGACGCAGAAAUUAUUGGGACGUACAGGCGCUUUUUAAGUUCUGUUGUGAGGCAGUUAAGUUUGUUUUUGAGCAAAGAAAGAAACAGCGACUCAAGGCUACGACACAAAAUUGGGAGGUUCGCAAAGCUGAUGGAAGAUGAUGUUGAUGAGAGGGCAAUGAAACGGAUAAGAUCAACGUUACGCGCCUUCUCUUGGUUAGCUGUGAUCGAGAUACUGAAAGCAGCAGAAACGACGAUAACCCCCGUCCGGCUGGGGAUAUCCAAAGCGCAGCCAAGAGGAAUUGUCUCAGGGAUGCCAAGUGUUGGCGAAAGGCCCUCGACGCUACAGAGUGCUCAUUUUAUGAGCUCUAUUCUAGGAACAAAUCCUCGUGUAGCUGGUACAACCCGGCGUACAGCAGAAGCCUUAGGAUGUUCAUCACACAUCAAGAGAGCCUCUAGAAGAACAAAUGAACUGAAGUCUAAUCUCAGGCCUACAAAACUAGUAAGAGUUGAUUCGAUUGAAGACGAGGAUUCUAGCAAAGAUACCGCUGCAGGGGCAUCGAGAGAAGCCUUCCAGCAAUCCGUUGGUGUACAAAAUAAUCAAGGCAUCAUAUCACCUCUUGCCUGGACGCUUGAUGGACACAUUAGAGUUUCAGAUAUGACACGAGGUCGACAGUCACUUCCCAUUCCAGAUUUUCUUGACAGAAGACCUGAUCCAGACUUCGUGCCAUCAAUUCACGCAGGAAAUUAUUACCUCGCACAGAUGUUUUCACGACUUGUAAAAGAGGCUGUUGACCUGGCAAGUGAUUUGCUGAACAAAGGAGAAUCAAAGUUUUGUGGCAAUGAAGACAUCAUGCCAUCUCUUGCUAUACCGACCUCGACUGAGAACGAACUCAUUCACCAAGCAAGAUGUCUGUUAUCCAAGACCUGGGAUUGGCUGAUUGAAGUUAUGAAUUCUAUCGAAAGACAGCUAAGAGCUGGUGAGGAAUUCGACACCGAACGAUUCGCCACCAGAUCUUUGAAAAUGGACCCAAGCUUAUCUGAUGGAUCAUCUCUUGGUCGCCCUCCAUAUAUUUCCCAAUCAUACGUCUCGCGACCUGAGGAGUACCUGAUGUAUCUAUUAAAAGCCCAUGAUGCUAGCAACACAAACUCAGUGUUCCCAAUAUUGGACCUAAUGAGCUACAGUCACGUGACCGUUGUGCUCGAUGCAUACUUGUACAUGUUGAAGAAAUGGCCUAUUGAACAUGCGAAUGAUUCUUCCAAGGUUUCAGUCGGUGAAAAGAUAGAAAGAGAUUCGCAAAAGGAUGCCAAUCAGACCAUCAGGGGGAGAGACUAUAAGUUUUUUGGAUUUGACUCUGCUGCAUUUAAUGUUAUGCAAUUUGAAGAGGCCAGGAAUCAAGUGCUGAAAAAAGCCAAGUCUCCUCAUUUUUGGUUGAUUCCAAGCCAACCGGAGCAGAUCACUGAUCAAGGAAAUGAACAGCAGAAAAAUAAUCAUCGUGAACAAUGCAAGUUGAACUGGAAACUUUCAAUAUCAGCUUUUGCUAAACUGUUUCUUGCUGAGCCUCCAGGAAUGGAGAGGGAUUGCUUCCUCGCUGAGCAUGCUGGGUCAGCUGGCCGAAUUGCAAGAUUUCAACGGGCUUUAGGAUCACUUAAGGACGACUGUUUGCCAAAGACAAUAACUGAAGAGAGCCAAUCAUUCACUGCCAAUAUCCGCAGAGGAAGCUUUCUUUCUGACGGGCUUAAAGCAUUGCUGCAUGUAUACCAAAAUGAUAACCACCCAUACAGUACCAUCAAGGUACGAUUUGAAGGAGAGGAAGGCACAGGGCCGGGUGUAAAUCGUGGCUUCUUUACAGGGUUUGCUAAUACUCUAACUGGAGAGAUGAGUGGCAGACGCUCUCCCGUUCUCCUCCAUCAACCAGGUCAAUUACCGGAACAAGCUCAUGUUUACUGCCCGAGACGCAAAAAGGCUUUAAGACAUGACUUUUAUAAAUCUGUGUAUACUGGUAUUGGGCGAUUCCUUGGCCUGUCUUUGUGGUUCAAUCAAGCCAUUCCCCUGAUUUUCACCAGACCGGUGCUCAAGUUUCUGCUAGAUAAGGAAGAUGAAAUCAUGUUUGAUGAUCUUUCGCAAAUGAUAAUUGAUGCACAUUCACCUGAAUUAAGCGAAGAAGAAUUCCAAGACGUUUAUAGUUGCAACUUUGAGUUUUCAGUUAAUGACACCCAGUAUGAGUUAAUUCCUGGUGGUUCAAAUGUCAAAGUCACCAAGAUGAAUGCCAUGGAACUUGCAAGGCUCUCUGCAAUGACAGCUAUGGUAGAAUCUAUUCGCCCUGACCUAGAAGCAAUGCGUUGUGGACUGCAGCAAAUCAUACCUAAAGAAUUACUGAUGCCUUUGAGUGCAGAGGAUUUCCAGCUACUGCUCUCUGGUGGUAUUGGCGAUAUUGAUAUAACAAGGCUCAAGUCGAUUAUACGCUUCAACAACAGCAGAAACUGCAGCAAAGAAUCUUUGGAAAGAUUCAAGGGCUGGUUUUGGAGCAUAAUUCGCGAGAUGACGCCCUCGCAGCGUAUGAAAUUGCUGUACUUUCUGACUGGCACCUCAGUUCUGCCAGCCUUUAGUAAUGUCAUAGGAAAUAAUGAGGAGAUAGCAGUGACUGUCGACAUUAUCGGACAAUCAAGUACGUCAUUGCCGGUCGCAAGCACUUGCGGACAAAGACUGAGUUUACCUCUAUAUGAAUCAAAGAAAGAACUGAAAAAGAAACUUCUAACUGCGAUUGAAUGCGAAACGUAUGGCCUAGGGUGAGCCGACCAGUGCAACGGCAGCGAUGUCUAGUGAGGGAGGUAAACAUGGUCCACCGAGGUGCCGGCUGAAUCUAUGGAUAGGCGAAGCAAUAAGAUCAGAGACAAGUCAGGCAGGCUGAUUCACCACCAUAUUAUUUGCCUCGAUGAUGUAAUUAAACAUGAUUAUUUAGAGCUUCUGAAUAAACAUUAAUGCCAUUUAAUAACCAACUGCCCAAGUCAAAAGUCCCACUAACAGAAUAACAGGGUCAUUUUGUUGAAUUCUGUAAUUAUCAAUCAAUAGAUGAAGCGAUCGAUCGAUGAGGCCUUUAAUUAGAAGGCCAGAAGGUUCAGAAACUAUUUUUUGCAAGAAAUUAUCCAUGGCAGUUAGGAUAAAACAAUAGACGAAGUAGGCUUUGUGCUUUUUUCGGUAUUGUCAUUGAAUUCUACCUUUUUGAUUGGUGAUGAAACAUCAAGUGUUAAAGAAAAAUCAAUUAGAACAUAGUCAAUAGAAAAAUUAUAGUAAGUAAAAAAUUUCUAUUGAUUUUGUUAAGAAAGAAACCAAUUUACCAUUUUUGGUUAUAAAAGAUUUAGUGUUAAUCGAAAAAUGGCAAUUCAAAUAGCUUUCUCGUAGCGCCAAAUUGUUAAAAUUUCAAAUAAUAUUUUGGUUUGUUUGUUAAGGAAAAAUUUUCGAUUUUGAAA